UGAAAAUAGACCAAUUCUAAAUUCAAGAAAGAACUACAGAGGACAUGUUAACGCAGACGGAGCACAACAUCAAUUGCUUACACGUCAUAGCGUAUAUUCAUGCGCUUACUCUGUACGUGUCCAAACCUCAAUUCUAUUGCCGCCAUGGCGCCAUUAAAGAACCAAUUCUUUAAAAGCCCGGAAUAUUGCAGCAAUCUAGCCGGCAACUAUUCGGGUCGAUCACCGGAAGAUGCAGACGCAAGAGGAGAAAAGCGGCGGCGGGCAGAACACAAGUAGUCAAGAAGAGAAUCGAACCCGUAAGAGAGAAGAAGAAAGAUGUGAUGAAGAAGAAGAUGGCGGCGAUCAGAUUCCAUCCAUGGCGCUAAACCACGUGACGAGGCUGUGCAGGUGCGUGAAGGAGUCGGUGGAAUUCUACACGAAGGUGCUGGGGCUGGUGGAGAUGGAGCGGCCGCCGGCGUUCGAAUUCGACGGCGCGUGGCUCUUCAACUACGGCGUCGGGAUUCAUUUGGUGCAAGCUAACGAUAACAAAGAUGGGCUUCCCAAUCAUCGGACAGAUCACCGUCAGCUUGAUCCCAUGGAUAACCACAUCUCUUUCCAAUUUGAGUAUAAACCCAUAGAAGCAACAACUCAAGAGAUGGAAAUACCGCAGUUGGCAUUACUGUUUCAGAACUUCAACAGAGAACGUUGGCAGUUUAAUAAUGGAAUGGACUGCAGUGAAGAGAUAGAAAUGAAAGAUAAUAAUAAAGAUGUUGAUUGCAAUGAGAAGCAGACUGAAAUGGGAAGUGCAACGGUGGAUAAAAAGAAGUCGAGGUCUCAAAAGGGUGUUGCUCUUAAAAAUGUGACUUCUGGAUCAAAGAAACUGAAAAAGCAGUGCACUAAGGGAAAGAAAGAUGAUGACGAAGAUGAAUCAUUAGUGACAAGCCUUGUUAAGAAGACUGACACCAUGAUGGCAGAUAUGGCAAGGAUUAAGAAUAUCCAGAGAGAGCAUGGGUCAUUAUUGAGAAGAAUACUGACAAGGUUGGAAGGUAAACGGGUGGUGACAGAUGAAGUUAAGGAAGUAAGCGAAGGGGAAAAACAAUGUCUCUUCGAAAAAGAUGAAGUGGUGCUUCAUGAUGCAACAAAUGAAAAAGAGAAAUGUGAUGAAGGUGGGAACAUUGAAAUCGAAGAAAAUGGCACUGAGAAGGAUGUGAUUGGAAAGAUGGAUGCAGAGAAAGGGAAUGAUAAACAGACAGAGCUAGAGGUUGAUGAUGUUGGGGAAUUGUUACAGAAUGAUGAAAAUCAAAGGUCUAAUGAAAAGGAAGCAAUGGCAGAGGAAGAUAGUGAAAAAGAGAAUAUUGAAGUGUCUGAGAAUGCGAUAGAUUCUCAAAGACCAUCCUUCAACAUAUUUGGUUUUUCUUCACAGGAACAACAUGGAAAACCCACUGAUGAGGAAGGAUUAGC